GCUUCAUGGGAUAAGAGAGGGGUGGGACCACUGUCUGGGACCUAAGUAUCAUCAGGCUAGCCCUGUACCCACCUUGAUCAUGAAUCAGCCACUCUGGUGUAGGGCAGGAGCCUGUGUCACAGCCAGCUGGCUGAGAGAGCUGCACAAAGCUGGCUUGAGGGAACAUUUUGCACAAGACAUUUAUCAAGUGCUGGUGAGUUUGUGGCACUCACUGCUCUACAGCCCCUGGCUGCAGUCCCAUGCCCUCCCCACAUCCUGUUAUAAAAGCCACUGCACCCUCCAGCCACCAGUUAUCUCUUCCCAGCUCUGGUGCCUCUGAGUAUCCUCAGCAUGGAACUACACACGGUUCUCAUCAUGUUGAGCCUCCUGCCACUGUUGGAAGCUCAGAACCCAGAGCAUGCCAUCAACAUAGGCGACCCUAUCACCAAUGAGACCCUGAGCUGGCUAUCUGGCAAAUGGUUUCUCAUUGCUGUGGCUGACUCAGACCCUGAUUAUAGGCAGGAAAUUCAAAAGGUACAGACUAUAUUUUUUUACCUUACCCUAAACUUGAUAAAUGACACGAUGGAGCUUCGAGAGUAUCACACCAAAGAUGACCACUGUGUCUAUAACUCCAACCUUCUGGGAUUCCAGAGAGAGAAUGGGACCCUCUUCAAGUAUGGUGAAGAAGGAGAAGUAGAAACCCUUCUCCACCUGAGAGUGCUAGAGAAACAUGGGGCCAUCAUGCUUUUCUUUGACCUGAAGGAUGAGAAGAAACGGGGACUGUCCCUGAGCGCUAGAAGGCCAGAUAUCCCCCCGGAGCUGCGGGAAGUAUUUCAGAAGGCUGUCACACACGUGGGCAUGGAUGAAUCAGAAAUCAUAUUUGUCGACUGGAAAAAGGUAAAUGAGGAGGCUGUACGAUACCACCCCAGCAGUGCUCCCAGUGUCAGUGACCCUAGAGGCUCAGAGAGGGCAAGCUUCUGGUUAAGGCAGCUCAGCGAGGCAGGUAUCUUGUUAACUCUCCUGCCUCCUGUGAGAGCUGAGAGUCACAGAGAUCCUAGAUGGGCAGUGAGCCUGAAGAAGGUGAGGUUAAGUAGGAGAUUCUAGAAAGCUUGUGGAGGAUAAGAGGAAGACCAGGAGGGGUCACUGAGGGAACAGCCGGUGCCAGGAUCCCAGGUUUCUUCCUGUCCUUCAUAUUCACUACCUUUUCAAGCAGGAGUUUUGAUUGACAUCUUCCAUGUCACCCCAACUCCAGCAAGCCCGAUGGCUUUGAUAGGCAGGGUUGACCCACACUGAGACUCCUUGAUGUCCGGUCUACACUUGUGCUGAGGGAGAGGCGACAUCAGUUUUGUUUUUCACCCAGGCGAAGCCAUGGGAUCAAACAGUCACCUUGCAUGUAGUUUAAGAUACUCAAUGCUUUUGUAACUUCAUUCUCUGGUCACCUGAGCCUUUCCUGGCAUCACCAGCCCCAGGAUUCCCCGGGAGAGGUGCCUGCACACAGACACUGCCAUUGAGCCAUUUCACAGCAUGACUUCCCCACCCCACAACCAGUGGGGCCAGUAGACUCAUCCUGCACCUGUGGACAGAAGUGUUUAGAUAAUGCCUGCCCUUUGGGGGAUUCUGCUCACAAUCAAUGGGGUGAAUAAGCCGGAGCUCAGAGAUGAGGGACAACUUACCCUAGACUAGUGGUUCUCUAGGAUGGGUCUCAACCUGUAUGUCAGAUGUCCUGCACGUCAGGUAUUUAUGAUUUAUAAUAGUAGACUAAUUACAGUUAUGAAGUAGCAAUGAAAUCAUGGUCGGUGAUCACCACAACACAAGAAACUGUGUUAAAGUUUUGCAUUAUUAGGAAGGCUGAGAACCACUGUCCUGCCACUGCAGGGAGCCAUGGCAGAUCUAAGACACAUCUGGUUGACACUACCGUGCCAUUGUGACCAACAACAGUACUCCCCCCAACCCACCUUACAAUAGGUGUAUUCAUAGCUAGUGUGUGUGCAUGUGUGACUGUGUGGGUACACAAGCAUGCUAUAAGACAUGUGUGGAUGUCAGAGGACACCUGUGGGCUAUGUCCUCUUCUACCAUUCUCUCCUGGGCUCUGGUUAAGGCUGGGUUGGCUUCAAGCUGCCCCUCAGGCUUACCUACCUUGCCAUUUUUUUUUGUUGUUCUGUCCUGUUUUUUCUGUUUUGUUUUGUUUUUGUAUUUAAUCUUGCAGCCCAGGC